AUUAAAUGUAAGAGAUAGAGACUAGAGUGAUUAAUUAAGCUUUGACUAUCCCUUAAAUCCUCAUAAUCUCUUCUUGCUCUUUGACCAUCUUCUUCUUCUCUGUGUGUGUGCAUUUUCGAGAGAAAAAGAAAUAAAGAAGGCCCAAAAAUAGAGAAACAAAAAUCUUUUCAAUUUGAUGAUCUUCCCUUAUUAUUCGGAGAGCCUAUAAACGCUCUCACCAAACAAACCAAAACCAAAACCAAUCCAAGAAAAAAAAGAAACCUCAAAGAAGAAGAAGAAGAAGAUUCUCUCUGUCGAGGUAAAUAUGAAGCAAAUGUCGCAUCUUGAUGAUAUUCCUUCGACGCCUGGCAAGUUCAAGCCCUACUUCCACCGUACGCGGUGGCAAUCCUCCGUCGCCAAGCUCGCCUUUUGGUCUCUCGUCUUCGUUGGUUUGAUCUUCAUCUUCUUCUACCGAUCUCCCGUUUCCUCCAAUCCCGCCGAUCCUUCUCGCCGUUCUCUUCGUACCUACUCCUGGGGUGGACCCGCUUGGGAGAAACGGGUCAGAUCCUCCGCCCGUCUCCGUACCCGCCGCGGUUUCUCUGUUCUCGUCACCGGAGCCGCCGGUUUCGUCGGUACCCAUGUCUCCGCCGCUCUCAAACGCCGCGGAGAUGGCGUUCUGGGGCUUGACAACUUCAACGAUUACUACGAUCCAUCGCUCAAGAGAGCAAGGCAAGCCCUUUUGGAGAGAAGCGGAGUGUUUGUUGUUGAAGGAGACAUCAAUGACGCUGCUCUCUUGAAGAAGCUCUUUGAAGUUGUUCCCUUUACCCACGUUAUGCAUUUGGCUGCUCAAGCUGGUGUCAGGUACGCCAUGGAAAAUCCUAGCUCUUAUGUUCACAGUAACAUCGCUGGCUUCGUCAAUCUCCUUGAGGUUUGCAAAUCUGCCAAUCCCCAACCCGCCAUUGUCUGGGCUUCCUCUAGCUCUGUCUACGGGCUCAACACUAAGGUCCCCUUCUCCGAGAAAGACAGAACUGACCAACCAGCUAGUCUCUAUGCUGCUACUAAGAAGGCUGGUGAAGAGAUUGCUCACACUUACAAUCACAUCUAUGGACUCUCUCUUACUGGCUUGAGGUUUUUCACCGUCUAUGGUCCUUGGGGAAGGCCUGACAUGGCCUAUUUCUUCUUCACCAGAGACAUUCUCAAAGGGAAAGCCAUUUCAAUCUUUGAGGGGGUCAACCAUGGAACCGUGGCUAGGGACUUCACUUACAUUGAUGACAUUGUCAAGGGGUGUUUAGGGGCUUUGGACACGGCUGAGAAGAGCACUGGUAGUGGUGGUAAGAAGCGCGGUGCGGCUCAGUUACGGGUUUUCAAUCUCGGCAACACUUCGCCCGUUCCAGUGACUGAUCUUGUCACCAUUCUUGAGAGACUUCUCAAAGUCAAGGCCAAGAGGAACAUUAUGAAGUUGCCGAGGAACGGGGAUGUGCAGUUCACUCAUGCUAAUAUCAGUUCUGCGCAGAGAGAGCUCGGCUACAAACCCACCACCGAUCUUCAGACGGGUCUCAAGAAGUUUGCGAGAUGGUAUUUGGGUUACUACAAUGGCGGAAAGAAAGCUGCAAGCUGAUGAUUGACUAUCUGCAAUGAGUUUGUAGCCUCUCUUUUUUUUUUUGAUUCUGAGAUUCUUGUGAUUGUUUCACUCUUUAACACUUGCUCUUUUUGUUGGUUCUUUGGCCGGCUCAUACCCUGUCUUUGCCGUAUAUGUUUUUACUCAAAACCAUUUAUACUCCAUAAGAACCAUUAUUUCGGGAUUACAUUCUUUGUCACUCUUGUCUCUCAGUUCAUUCCA